AUGGCAAAAAACCUUAAUUCUCAAACUAACGAAGAAACGUUUAGACGUUUUGUAGAAAUUAAGAAGAAGGCUGAUGUAAUAAAGGUUGUCUUUGGAAAAGAUGGUAAAGCUGUUGUGAUAUUAAAAAAUGAAAUAGGUAGGUGAAGGCUUUGUGCCAGCAAUUGACAGAAAGAGAGUAUCUGAUUAGAGCUUGAUUACUCGCAUUUGCGGAUCUUCUCUUUUUUUUUGACAGCUAACAAAUUGUAAACUAACUGACUAGUACCGACAGCUAACAAAUGAUUUGAACAUUAUCUGACAACUGAUAAUCAAACACCUUUUCCUUUACUUAGAUGAAGAUUAUUCAAACGAAGAAAGCUCUAAUGAAAACAUGAAGCUGGACGGCUCCAUUAUUUCCUUGGAAUUUGCUCCAUUGACCAAAGGCAUUAGAAUUAGUAACAUACCACAAGGACCGUUCCUGGAUGAUAUCAGGCGUAUAUUUUCAAAUAAAAGUAUCGGUGGUGAUCCAAUCACGGACAUGAUGCUGGAUACGAAAAAUGGAAUUGCAAAUGUUUACUUUGAAAAAACCUCAG